AUGAUAGUCAAAGGAGAGAGAGAGGACAGGGGCCAUAGGAAGAGAAAGCGCAGGACUCAGAAUAAAAAAAAGCUUAUUGUUGGUGACAAAGUUGAGGUGAGGAGUCUAGAAGAUGGGUUUCAUGGGUCGUGGCACCCUGGGAUUGUUACUGCAUGCAAGAAGCAAGGUUGUCGUCAAGUUCAAUACGACCAUAUUCUAUCUGAUGACGGGUCUGAUAAUCUGGUUGAUGUUGUGUCUGUUUCACCCAUUCUGGAUGGUAUUGGCUCAUUCACUCGGGACUGGAGUAACUAUCGUGGGUGUAUAAGGCCAACACCCCCUUGCAUCCAGCCAGGGGAAUGGGACCUUCCCUAUGGACUCUGUGUGGAUGUGUAUCAUCUAGAGGCUUGGUGGGAAGGUGUUAUCUUUGAUCAUGAAGAUGGUUCAGAGGAGAGAAGGAUCUUCUUCCCGGAUUUGGGGGAUGAACUAAAGGCUCGGAUUGACACUUUGCGAAUUACUCAUGACUGGGAUGAGGUUACAGAAAAUUGGAAGCGGCGUGGAACUUGGAUAUUUCUUGAGUUGCUUGAGCAAUAUAAUCAGGAGAGGUAUAUUGCCGUUUCUGUGAAGCAAAUUUGGUAUGACGUGCGAGAAAAAGAACCCUUCGAUAUGAAUCCUAAAGAAAAUAUGGCAGACUCUUUGGCUAUUGUACCUGUUGAUGAGUUGCUGAAUAGUGAUUUGGUAGUUGAUCGUGAAGAUGCUGUGAAUAAGGUAUUGAACUGCAGUGCUGAGAUUAUUGAUGAACGGCAUCUAAAUGGAGGUUUGUCUAUCAAUCCAGACUCUGCCUGCACGGAGCAGGUUCAAGAGAAAUCUUAUAGGGAUCAAUUGAUUUCUGGGGUAGGAGAUGAAGGACCAAAUAUGAAUAGAUUGGAGUACUCCGAUAUAUCCUUCCAAAAUAAAGGGGUGUGUGUUCUACCUCAGGUUUUGUUGGUGUUUCCUCCUAAUCUUGAUGGAAAUUCUUGCACCAAUUCUGUUAUCAGCAAUGAUGGAAUUUGUAGUACUAAUUACAGAGGCAGAAGUACCCUAGAUUGGCGACCUUUGGACACUCCAGCUGAGUGUUGCCCUGAUGCUGUUGAUGAAUAUGCAGAUUUUUUUAAGGGAAUGUCUUCAAAAUUCUCAACAACAGUAGUUAAGCAGCAUAUUUCAUACUUGGGCUGGAAAAUACAUAGUGCAAUGGAUAAGGGCAGGCCCAGACUACGAUACUUGUCUCCUGCUGGAGAAUACAAGUACUCUCUUCGUCAAAAAGUAGAGUCUCCUUGCUUCAAGGUAUUUAUUUUCAAACCUGAAUAUUGCCCUGAAGCAGUUGUGGAAUAUUAUAUGCAUGCAGCAGGCAAGACAAUCAAGAAGGAACUACGAAAAAUGAUUUCAAAAGCAAAAAGGCACCUCUCAGCUGUGGGGUGGGUGUUUGUGUACUUGAAUGCAAAGUCAAGGAACUUGCACUACAGGUCACCCAGCGGAGUACUGUAUCGUACACUUCAAAGUGCAUGCAAAAGUUGUAUGGAUGAAGGAGUUUCUGAAAAAAGACCUGCUGAAUGCAUGUAUGUUGUUGAGGAAGAUGAGGGCCAGUUGACUAGAAAUAAAUUAUGUUCUGCAGCAAGUAAUUUGGAUUUUCAGGAAGGCUUGGUACCAUUAAAGACUCUGUCCAAAAAGUGGUCUAGAGAUUCUGGUAUCAUUUUACAGUCGAGUAAGCUUGGUAAUGUGAAAGUUCAAGGUCGUAGAAAACGCCGAAGGAAGAGAAAUGAUACUUUAUCAGAUCUUGCACCUGACUUACUUCAAAGACAGCCUUACUUACAUGGUAGAACGGAUGGAUCAACAAAGGAUCAAUGUACCAGCCCUCCAAAGUUGAGAAGGAGAAAGGUAUCUGGAGCUUUGAAUCGGUUAAAAAAUGGUCUGGAUGGUAGUCCCCCGACUCGUGUGCUUAGGUCAAGCAAAUGGGUGCAGGAAGCGGUUACAUCAACUUCCUCGCACAACAAUCCUCGUACUGUCUUAUCUUGGUUGAUAGACAAUAAUGUGGUUUUACCAAGGGCAAAAGUACAUCAUCGUAGCACAAAGGAUAGUCAUCCAAUGAAAGAAGGGAGGAUAACUCGUGAGGGGAUCAGGUGCAGCUGUUGUCAAGAGGUGUAUACUCUUAGUUGCUUUGGGAAUCAUGCUGGCAGCAGUUACUGCAGUCCUUCUGCAAAUAUUUUUCUGGAAGAUGGUAGGUCUCUCUUAGAUUGCCAGAUGCAAAUUAUGCAUGAUAGAAGGAAGAGGAGCUUGCGAAAAGAACCACGUGAUAGGAUAAAGGGCAAUUGGCGCCGAGGCAAAAAUGAUUACAUUUGUACUGUGUGUCACUAUGGUGGUGACCUAAUUUUAUGUGAUCAAUGCCCAUCAUCAUUUCACAAAAGUUGCCUUGGCUUGAAGUAUGUUCCAGAUGGUGACUGGUUCUGUGCAUCUUGCUGUUGUGGAAUUUGUGGCCAAACCAACUUCGAAGAAGAUAAAGAGCCUAUUAUGGAUGAUAGUAGUGUUCUCACAUGUGGUCAAUGCGAGCAUAAAUAUCACAAAGGGUGCCUGAGGAAAAGGGGUGCAGAUAAGUUGGAAAGCGAUCCAAAAGGAAAUUGGUUUUGCACCAGAAAUUGUAAAAAGAUAUUUUUAGGCCUCCACGAGCUUCUAGGGAAACAGAUUCCAGUGGGAGAUAACAAUCUAUCUUGGUCACUAGUCAAGUCCAUUAAGUCUGAUAUUCAUGAUACUGAUGAACCGGAUAUUGAUGCCAUUGAGAGUUACAGCCGACUCAAUGUUGCUCUUGAUGUGAUGCACGAGUGUUUUGUGCCUGUUAAGGAACCUCUUACCAGGAGAGAUCUUGUAGAGGACAUCAUCUUCACUAGAGGGUCAGAUCUUAACCGUCUGAACUUCCGAGGGUUCUAUACUGUGCUUUUGGAGAGAAAUGACGAACUAAUCACUGUGGCUACUGUAAGGAUCUUUGGAGGCAAGGUGGCUGAAGUACCUCUUGUUGCUACCAGAUUUCAAUAUCGUCGACUUGGAAUGUGUCGUAUACUAAUGGAUGAACUUGAAAAGAUGCUUAUGCAGUUAGGCGUGGAGAGAUUGGUUUUGCCAGCUGUCCCCAGUGUACUAAACACAUGGACAACUUCAUUUGGGUUCUCUACGAUGACAGCUUCUGAGAGGCUACAGUUUCUGGAUUAUACUUUCUUGGACUUUCAGGGUACCAUUAUGUGUCAGAAACAGUUAAUGAAAAACCCUCCAACUGAGGCAGUCCCUUUAGAAGGAACCCAGCUUGAUCUUUGUUUAGAUACCUAUGAAAGUCAUGAU